AUGUCGAGCACGAAGUUUAUGUUCAAGGCGGAAGGCUUUAAAGUGCACGUGUGUUGCUACUCGUUCGGGAAUGUGGUGACAGACACGCACCAGUCCCUGAGGGUGAUCACGCUCGAAUUCACCGACUCAGGCACCGCCCUGUACGAGAUGACCCCGGACCCCGUUCUAGUUGCGGAGAUGAUGGUGGACGGUACCCUGGUGUUUACAGCGACGUUGUAG